UUAUACUUUUUGUAAAAUCAGUUUUUUAUAUAAUUUUUUAUAAAAUCAGUUUUUAUCUAUUUUUGUAAAAUCACCUUUUUAUAUAUUUUUUGUACAAUACAUAUUUUUAAUUUAGUAUUAAUAACUUAUGUUAACAAUCAUGUAACGUCUACAAAAUUAAUUAAGUACUACGCGAAAUUCCAAAUAAAAUUAGUGCAACUAAGAUAAAGGGAAAAAGUGCAGGCGCCAAUGCCUUGAAUGCCAUGAAGCGUUCGCCGCAAAAUCGUACCCAGGCGAAACCCUUAAUUUCGCGCCGAUCCGCUUCGAUCUUCGAUGCCCUGAAUCCCAGUUUGACUAACCUGGAAUCGUUAGCAUUGCAGAAAGCGUGGCGAAUUCUUGAACCAAAACUGCGAUCACUCUCCACCGAUAUACUUAUGGACCUCUAUUCGGAGCAUUACGAGAUUAUGGAAAAGUUUCGUGAUGACAGCGGCAAAUUAUGUAACUAUGAAUUGAUAAAUUACGCAACUUGGCUGCUACGGCUUUACGGCUCGAUUAUAAAUAACAGAGUAGAUCCAAUUAAAACGAAGAAAUUAUUGGAGCCUUUGAUAGAGAAGCUGAAGAAGUAUUCCAUGGAUGUGGAUUGCGUAAAGCUCCAAUUGGAUGGUAUUAAAAAUUUUCUAUUUGCUGAACUACGGAAUGCCUUAUCGCCCACAUCGAUCGAGGCCUUCAAUAAGCUCCACAAUACUAUUAUCAGAUAUGUUCAUAUAAAACUUAAUUAACAUAAUAUACAGUAUAAAAAGUUUAGGCACACCGUAAAAACGGUAUUUCCCACAUCAGAUGCUGCAAUGCAUCCCCAAACCAUUAUGCGACCGCCGCCAUGUUUCACAGUCUUAAUUAUGUAUAUUAUUUUCCUGGGGAGCUCUAUGUUUCGUUCCAGAAAUAAUUGGCUUACGUCGUGGAACUGGCUCAUAAUAGCAAGCUUGGUGUAAAGUGUUACGUACAAUCUUCGGAUUCUGAGUCACUGCAGCUAUUACAGCUCGUUCCUGAGGUGGUGUGAAUUUUUUGGGCGUCCAGAUCUGUUCUCACGCUCUAAAUUUCCGGCGUUGAUGUAGUGUUUUAUAAUAUUUAGCGCACGUGAAUAAGGUCUCUGUACAAUAUUACCAAAUUCAUGAUAAGAUUUUUGCUCCACGUUAAAAAUAGUUAUGUGAUUA